AAUAUUUAAUUUAUUGACAAAAUAUUCUAAUUAAUGGUCAACAUUGUUUGUUACCUGAUUUGUUGUUACCCGAUUUUUCAUAUCCCAACUGAUUGAGGAAAUAUCUCAAUCUGUGGCAGAGACUCUGAUGGUAGGUCUCACUCUAUAAAUAUAGAGUACCGGUCCCCAAGCUCGCUGCUCAUUCUGACUUUCAGUAACUCCAUCUAAAAGAGUUAGUGAGAGCUUGGAAGCCCGUGUACUCGUUCUAACUUCUGUUCUUUUUCUUUUGUAGAUUUAAAGCUAGAUCGAGGUUAUCAAUAGCAAUGGCUGGAGCUUCUUCAUCAUCCUCUAGUUUUGCUGAAAUCCUUACCGAAAUUCCUGAGCUUAGGGGUGAUAAUUUCAAAAUCUGGAAGGAACGAGUUCUUCUUCAUUUAGGCUGCGCCGACAUGGACUACGCAAUAAGGAAGGACGAACCUGCUGCAAUCACUGCGACUAGCACUGCUGCUCAGAUCGCACUAUAUGAGAAAUGGGAGCGGUCCAAUCGCCUCAGCAUCAUGUUCAUCAUGUCCAAGAUCCCUCUGGGAAUGCGUGGAUCGGUGGAGCAACCUGAGAAAGUCAAAGACUUGAUCAAACUGAUCGAUGAGCAGUUCGACACUUCAGACAAACCACUUUACAACAACCUCAUCCACCAGUUCUCAUCCACAAAACUCACUGGUGUCAAAGGAGUUAGAGAACAUAUUUCAAAGAUGAGGGACAUUUCUGCUCAACUGAAGAAACUCGAUGUAGUCAUUCCCGAAACCUUCCUGGUCCACUACAUCCUUAACCAUCUUCCACCUCAAUAUGGGCCUUUCAAAAUUUCCUACAACACACAUAAGGACAAAUGGAGUAUCAAUGAACUGAUAACCAUGUGUGCUCAAGAAGAAGCAAGGCUCCUGCAGGAACAAGGUGAAAGUGCUCACAUGGCCACCCAAGGCAAGAAACGCAAACCAUCCAAGAAGGACAAGGGGAAAAAUAAAGUGCCUCCCCAAGGUGAUAUAAAGAAGGAUUCCAUCAAAUGUUUCUUCUGCAAAAAGAAGGGACAUGCGAAAAAGGAAUGCGCCAAGUUCAAGAAAUGGAUGGACGACAAUGGGUUUACAAAACCUAAGGAAGCCAGUGGGAAGUGAGCAAAGCAUCUUAUCUGGAAACAAGAUGGGCUCACAUGUGGAGGCUAUAGGAACGUGCCAUUUAGUUUUAAGUAGCGGUUUUGUUUUAAAGUUAGAAAAGACAUUUUAUGUACCAAGUUUCUCUAGAAACUUGAUUUCCGUUUCAAGACUUGUACCUUUUGGUUUUUCCUUUACAUUUUCAGACAAAUCUUUUAAUUUAUAUAAUAAAUCUGAAUGUGUUGGAAAUGGUAUUUUGUCUUAUGG